AUGCCGAGGGUAAAAGUGGAACUCUCUCCUGAGGAUGAGGCUCGGUUGACUCUAUCCGAAGAGGAAAAGGAUCCAGAUAUGAUGCAGUACUACUACAAGAAGCCAGAAAAGGAAAAGCUCCGCUCCGAUCCUGAGUUCCUGCUCAAGUAUCGAAAGAAGAUCGAGUACGGUAUGAAUGUUGGAUUUGCAAUCUUUUAUAAGAACACAGAGGCCUCCAACAUGGCAAGAGAGUACAUGACCAACUCCAUGGCUAGACGCUUGAAAGGAGACCCAGAGUUGAUGAAGCAUCUGAUUCCAACUUGGGAUGUCGGUUGUCGUCGACUCACCCCAGGCGAUGGAUACCUCGAGGCCUUAAUCAAGUCGAAUGUACAGCCUGUGUACGAAGACAUCUCCAGGGUCUACGGGCAAGGCCUGGUAACCACAGACGGACAGGCGCACGAAGUUGAUGUGAUUAUCUGCGCCACUGGAUUCGAUAUGGCCUGGACACCCCAUUUUGAACUGUAUGGAGUGAAUGGCUCCAGAAUUCAGGAUGAGUGGGCUGUAUGGCCAACGUGCUAUCUCGGAAUUGCGGCGCCGGGGUUCCCCAAUUACUGGGUGAUGAACGGCCCUCGUGGAAAUCUCGCCAACGGCACUGUACUACCUUGCCUAGAAACACAGAUUGAAUACGUGAUUGCUGCAGCUAAAAAGAUACAGUCCGACCGGAUCCGUGCCAUAGAGGUUCGCCGCGACAUCACUGAACAGCUGGAUUCAUACAUUGAUAAAUGGCAUGAAGGCAGUGUCUGGACUGCGGACUGUCGGAGUUGGUACAAGAAUAACACGAAAGAUGGGAGACCCCUGUGCUGGGGUGGAUCUUCAGUCCAUUACCUAAAGACCAUCAAGUACCCCAGAUGGGAACAUUACAACGUCCGAUAUAUUGACGAUAACCCUUGGGCUUUCCUUGGCAACGGUCGUACCAAGGGCGAGACGGAGAGCGAUUUUGAAGCUCUCACACCUUACAUUCGAAAUGCUGAUGACGCUUGGGACAUUGUUUAG